AUGUCACCAGCAACAACAGGGCCGUUGCCCUACGACAAGAAGCUCGCCGAAGAGCAAAUCGCAAUGAAAAAGCUCGAAUCAAUCACACCAGGCGAAGUCGUUGAACUUGAUGCUACAGAGACAUUCCUCCGUCAACACAACUUCACGAAUGAGUACAUCGGCGAAUUAUUGACGGAUACGGAGCUUAACAAGAAGCUCAUCCGAAAAGUUGACAUGAUCCUCCUCCCCAUGUUGAUGGGCACAUACAUGCUCCAAUACAUCGAUAAGAAUGCCUUAAAUCAGUAUUCCUGGUUUGCGUCAGUCUUCUACUUUGCGUAUAUGGCUGCGGAAUACCCUUGGCUAUUUCUCGCACAGAAAACACGAAUGGCCAAGGUUGUCAGCGGAUGUGUAAUAACAUGGGGCAGUGUUUUAUUAUUGACCGCUGCGGGAAAUAACUUUGGUUCUUUGGCGACGUGCAGAUUCUUCCUCGGCGUCUUUGAAGCACCCAUCACGACGUGUUUCAUGAUGAUCGUUUCGAUGUGGUAUACGCGUGAGCAGCAGCCAUUCAGAGCCGGUAUCUUCUACUGCUGUAAUGGUGUUGGGGCUAUGCUUGGCGGUCUUCUUACCUAUGGUAUUGGCCAAAUAAAGAACUUUCCCGUGUGGAAGGCGGUUUUCAUGACCUGUGGAGGCAUGACGGUUGUCUGGGGUUUCGUCCUACUCUUCUUCCUCCCCGACAGUAUCAUGUCAGCUCGCCACUUCACCUUCGAAGAACGAGCGCUACUCAUCGGCCGUGGCCGUCUCGCUCGAACUGGUGUCUUGAACAAAACCAUCAAGUGGAAGCAAAUCCGCGAGGCUUUAAUCGAUCCUCAAGUCUGGCUUCUCGUCUUGUUUAUGCUCCUCAACGAGACCAUCAACGGAGGUAUCGCCAACUUCGGUAAACUCAUCAUCAAGGGCGUUGUCAAGGAUCCUCUUGAGACAGUCGCUCUUGGUAUCCCUAUGGGCGCAUUCCAAGUCAUGUACAUUCUAUCAGGCACAUUCCUGGCUUCGCGAAUCAAGAACUGCCGAACUAUCAUCAUGACUGUCUAUCUUGUCCCCACCAUGAUUGGAGUUUGCCUGCUCUGGAAACUUGAUCGUGAGCAUCACAAGAUAGGCGUACUUUUUGGUUAUUACAUCAUCGGUGCUUUUGUCUGCUCUCUGGUUCUCGCGAUGCAGAUGCCCGCUAGCAAUCUCGGUGGCUACACCAAGCGUAUCACUGCUUCAGCAAUGGUCUUCAUUGCUUACUGUGUCGGGAAUGUCAUCGGCCCUCAUGCUUUCUUGGGCUCUGAGGCGCCGUUGUAUCCAACCGGAUGCAUUACGAUUCUCAGCUGCUCUGUGGCUCAGAUGGUCGUCGCAAUUAUGCUACGAGUACUCUUGGCCAGGCGAAAUGCACGACGAGAUGCUGCAGCUGCAGCUGUUGGGACGAACAAUGAGGAUGCUUCUGAAGUGGAUGGAGCUGACUUGACAGAUUUCGAGAACCCUCAUUUCCGCUACGUGCUCUAA